GGGGUUCCGAAAGAUUAUACUGGAAAGGAUGUGACGCCUGAAAACUUCCUGGCUGCUCUCAAAGGCAAUAGACAUGCUGUGAAAAGAGAAAUCCAAAAGUCAUUACAAGUGGAAGAAAAGACACAAUAUUCAUCUAUAUGACAGAUCACGGAGCUCCAAGCCUGUUUUGCUUUCCUAACAACAGCUCCCUUUAUGCUUCUGAUCUCAUUGAAACUAUCAAGGAAAUGGCGAGGGAUAGGAAGUUCUCAAAGAUGGUGAUAUACAUGGAAUCCUGUUAUUCUGGCUCAAUGUUCACCCAACUCCCCAACAAUAUUCAUGUGUAUGCUGUGACUUCCACUAAACCAGGAGAUAAAGGUUACGCAUGUUAUAAAGACACUAAGAGGCAGACAUAUCUCUCUGAUGAAUUCUCAGCCGUUUGGAUGCACUACAGUGAAAAGGAAAACCUUGAUAAAGUUACAUUCCAGGAUCAGUUCGAUUAUCUUCAGAACAAGAUGCAGAAAUCUUGCCCCUGUCAAUUUGGGGAUAUGACAAUUGGUAAGCGUCCAAUCAGUGAGUUUUUGAAAACACCCUCAAACAAUCCGACAGACGAUUAA